AUGGGUAAGAAACUACAGAAUAACAGCACGAACAAAUCAAGAGUUUCCAAUAAGAAACCGAAACCUUCUAAGGAAGAAAAGGAACUUUUGGAGACCGUCGAUAGCCUUUUGAGACUUACUACUUUUCCCAUACAUAACAAUGUAGCACAGUCAUUGGAUUGUCAGAAACAAAUUAAUUCGUUUAUUGAAAGAAUCAGAGUUUUGGAGGAGAAAUUAUCCAAAAAGCAAAAUAAAUCCUCAGAUAGUAAAACAACACCAGUUCGCCAUAGCAAAGAAAACAUUGAAACAUUCACAGGAUGGCUGAAAGAAAAUAAUGCUGAACUAAAUGGAUGCUCUAUUUCAGUAUUUGAUGGCUACGAUCUGGGUAUCAAAGUGGAUAAAGACAUUUCUCAAAGUUCACUAGUCAUAGCUGUUCCAAGGAAAAUUACAAUGUCUGUUGAGAGUGCUAGGAAAAGUAUUGUGCAAGAUUUAGUAAAUAAGGUGGAUAUAUUGAAAAACAUGCCAAAUGUCCUCUUAGCAGUCUAUCUACUUGUGGAGAAAUUUUCAGAAACCUCCUUUUGGAAGCCCUACUUGGAUAUCUUGCCAAAAACUUACACUACUGUUCUCUAUUUUACAUUAAGCGAACUUGAAGAACUUAAGGGAAGUCCAACAUUGGAAGUUGCUCUCAAGCAAAUAAGGAGCAUCGUUAGACAAUAUGCAUAUUUCCAUAAGUUGUUUUGGGCUUCAGAGGAUCCUGUCAGUGAAUUGAUGAAGAACAAAUUCACUUUCAGUGAAUAUUGUUGGGCAGUUUCCACAGUCAUGACAAGACAAAAUAUGAUUCCCUCGGAAGAUGAUAACAGUAUGAUAAAUGCCCUAAUACCGUUGUGGGAUUUGUGUAAUCAUACCAAUGGAACAAUAUCAACUGAUUUCAAUUCCCAACAAGAUCGCAGCGAAUGUUUAGCUUUUAGAGAUUUCAAAGCUGGAGAGCAACUGUUUAUAUUUUACGGUGUACGUACAAACGCUGAUUUUUUCGUACACAACGGGUUUGUGUAUGAGGACAACGAAAACGACAUUUAUUGGAUCCGAUUGGGCAUCAGCAAGUCGGACCCUUUACAGGAAAAAAGACAGGAGCUCUUAAAGAAGUUGGGUAUUUGGAGCAUGGCAGAGUUUUCAAUUAAAAAGGGUCCGAGGCCAGUGGAUGGAAGGUUGUUGGCCUUUCUGAGGAUUUUCAACAUGGAUUCAGAUCAGCUUGAUCACUGGAUCCAAUCGGAAAAGUCCUCGGAUCUCCAAUAUUCAGAAUGUGCGCUAGACACAGCCCUAGAGCACAAAUCUUGGACUUUCCUCAAAGCUAGACUAAGUUUACUAUUAGCUUCGUAUAAAACUAAGCAGGAAGAUGAUGAAAAACUACUCGAGGAUCCCAAUUUAUCUGCAAACCUAAAAGUAGCCAUAAAAAUGAGGUUCACUGAAAAAAGGCUGUUACAAGACUGUUUAGUUUAUGCUGAGGAAAUGAUUCAAAAAUAA